AUUUGGUCUUGGUGGUUCUUGGUAGAAGUUGGUAGAGCUGGUAUCUACAACUGUGCAACAGUAUGUCAGUCUGAUAUUUAUUAGAAAUAGGUGCGGUUACAAAACACCUUAGUUUAUUAUCUUUUGUUUAAUUCAGCAAAUUUUCACUACCAAAAUUUACUGUUUUUCCAUACUACGGUAUAUGACAAAUUGCUUAACAAAGGCCUGAUUGUGAUAGAUUCAGUGUUAUUAUUUUCUCCAGCAGAUCGAACAACAGUGUCAUUGGACAAGACCAAUCAUCCGUUUCGUGCAUGUGUAUUCUACAUAAUAGAAGUCGCUAUCAAAUUGUGAUCGGAUGUCAAUGCUGGGUUAGAUUUAAAAUACAAAGGUGAUAAAAGUGUAGUGAAUUGUGUAAUUUCGACAUUCGACAAAAACAUCGAUUUGGUCGCUGCUGUUGCACCUGUCUUUAUUCACCGGAAGAACAAAUGUUAUUUUAAGAUAAUUGUAUCCCCCUUGCGGGUAACUAAAUAUGGUGGACUACUACAGAACAUUGGGUGUUUCAAAGACUGCUUCUGAAGCAGAGAUCAAAAAGGCUUAUAGAAAAUUAGCUCUUAAAUGGCACCCGGAUAAGAAUCCAGACAAUGCAGAUGAGGCUAACAGAAGAUUUAAGGAAAUAUCUGAGGCUUAUGAAGUUUUGUCUGAUGAAAACAAGAGGAAAGUGUAUGAUGCACGGGCUUCCAGUCACCACAGUCACAGAUAUCAAAGCAAGAAUGGAGUAAAUGGCCACCGACACUUUAGCUUCAAGGGGUUUUUCGGAGAGACACCUUUUCACCGAUUUUUUGAAAGAAAACGGCGUGUGUAUGAUCAGUACGGCAAGGAGGGGCUGAAUAACGGGCGCGGCAGGCGCUCCGCCCCUGACGAGGACUACGAGUUCGGAUACCACAGCUUCCCCUUCACAUUCCGAGACCCCGAGGAAGUGUUCCGAGAAUUUUUCGGUGGCUCUCCGUUUGGUGAUUUGUUUGCUGAUCUGAACGGGCACGGCUACCACCACCGGCAUGGGCGGCGGAGUCACCCGAGCACGUCGCUGACUCGCAGACGCAAGCGCAGUGGCAAUGGCGGGCGCGAGUGGGACUCUGAUUGUGUGGCGUCGUGCGCCGCGUGCGACUGCCCCUACCUAUUGGAAGCUCACGUAAUUUGA